AUGUUUCUCCGGGAUCAGCUGGACAUAUGUGGCAUGCUCCAUGGAUAUAAGAUGAUGCAUUUGAAAUGCAUUCAGGCUGGCUACGUGGUGACUCAAGAGACGAUCAGGAGACUGCUGAAAAUAUUGGAUCCGCACGGUGUGCAGCUGAGGCGCUGGAAUCGCCUUCGGCGGCGUAUGUACCAGAAUCCAGGCCCAAACUUUUUGUGCCAUGUAGACUCCUAUGAUAAACUCAAACCGUACGGGAUCUGCAUCAGUGGUGCAAUAGAUGGGUUUUCACGAAUGGUGAUAUGGCUACAUGCCUACUCUACAAAUAGUGAUCCCAGGAUAAUCGCGCAAUACUUCAUUGAUGAGGUGUCAUCAAGGAAUGGAACUGCUGCCCGAAUUCGUUCGGACCUUGGAACCGAGAACUGUUACAUUGAACAAAUGCAGAUGUUCUUGAGACACGAUCAUCUGGACAACUUCUCGCACAGAUGUUAUCUGUAUGGAUCGAGCAAUCACAACCAAAGAAUAAAGAACUGGUGGGGGUUUUUAAGGAGGCAACAUGCACAGUUCUGGAUGAACCUGUUCCAAGAUUUAAAAGACUCAGACUCCUUUUCUGGUGACUUCCUGGACAAAAGUCUCAUUCAGUUCACAUGUCUUGAAAUAAUAGAGAGAGAACUGCAGGAAGUUGUUCACCUCUGGAACACUCACAGAAUUCGCCCAUGCAGAAAUGCUGUGUCUCCAGGUGGGCGCCCAGUGAUGAUGUACACCCUACCCCAACUUUUUGGUGCCAGAGAGUACCUGAAAGAGAUGUCCGUCCCUCGCCAACUCACCCCUCCCGCUUCACACCAUCCCCCUCCCCUCCCCUCCGUCCGGCCCUGGCACCGCUACAGAGAGGCCGUCCACUGGCAAGCGGGAACCAGCAAGCCUCCCCCUCAGUAG